AUGGUCGUCCACUGUCGUUCAUCAGAUUUGAAUGAGCUAAAAACGAAGCUUCCCGCCGCAACAUUCGCACCAGCAAACCGCGACAACCCUGAUUUGGUGCUGCAAUCUUCUUCUCGAGAUAAAUUCGUGCAAUUGCAGCUCGAUUCUCGCCACUGCUGUUGUAUGUUCACCGCAAAGAGACGAUUCGAAAUUGUGACUCAUUCGGGUGGCCUCUCCAGUUUUAAGAAAGCAACUCUGGAAAGAACUUAG